AUGGGGGAGUGCGGGGUGCCCGCUGGCGUCCAGUUACUCCUCCGCGCUUGCGACCAGGGAGACUGCGAGGGCGCCCGGCGAUUGCUAGCAGGACCCGAAGAAAAAGCCGCGGCGGAGGCUGGCAGCGGCUCGCCUAGCGGAGGUGGGGUUGGCGCUGCGGCGGACAUUCCUCCGGGCUCGGUGCCAGUCGACUGCACGGACGAGGCGGGCAACACCGGCCUGCAGUUCGCAGCGGCCGGGGGACACGAAGAGCUGGUGGGCUUCCUGCUGCGGCGGGGGGCCUCGGUGCAGAGCCGCAAUCACUACGGGUGGAGCCCGCUCAUGCAAGCAGCCAGGUUUGGACAUCUAAAUGUGGCUCGCAUCUUGCUGGAAAAUGGAGCUGACCUUAACGCGCAGAAUAAAUUGGGAGCCAGUGUACUGACCAUCGCAUCACGGGGCGGCCAUAUCAGUGUGAUGAAGCUGCUGCUGGAAUCUGGCGCUUACGUUGACAAUUAUGAUCACUUGAGCAUUAGCUUGGACGGCAGUAAAGAGGAAAUGCCAGCUGUCACUCCCCUCAUGACAGCUGUCCAACACGGGCAUGAGGCAGCAGUCCAUCUUCUACUGGACUGGGGAGCUGAUUGUAACUACUCAGUGAAGACGAUGGGCUGGACUCCCCUCAUGUUGGCAGCUGUUAGUGGAAGAGCCAGUUUAGCCCAACAGCUUAUGAACAAAGGAGCCAAUCCUGAUCAUCUGAAUAUUCUGCAUAAAACACCCUAUGAGAUAUCUGUGGAUUUCAAACAUGAAGAUAUGAUGGAUUAUUUGGCACCUUUGACAACAGUUAGGCCUCAGACAGAUAAACAGAAAAAACAACCUGAUAUCUUCCAUGCUUUAAAAAUGGUUAAGAAGUGGGGCUCCAUUUACACGGUUGCCCAAUGACAAAUUGAAAGCUGUUAUUCCACCUUUCUUGCCGCCUUCGAGUUUUGAGUUGUGGAAUUCUGAUAGAACACAGAACAAAGAACAAACAAGACUUGGCUUUCCACACAGAUCUACAAGUAUUGACAAUAGCACUGACAAAACAUCCUUAAGCAGAGGUAGUAGACCAAUUAAACUAUCCACUUUUGCAAGAAGGCCUCCAACUCCCAGCAAUUCAAGUAAUUUCAACCAUUCGCCUCAUUCUUCUGGUGGAUCCAGCAGCGUAGGAGGAGUUAGCCGGCAUGGUGGAGAACUGCAUAAUAAAUCAGGCAGAAUUUACAGCUCCAAGUGCAAGGUGGAUUCAGAUCCAGAACAGAAACACCAGGUUUGA